AAUUUAAACUAUUUCUGUUGCAUAGAUAAAUCUCUCUCUCUCUCUCAUAUUUUGAUUUGAAAAUCUAACUGUUUUACCAAAUCUUCCUCUCAAAUAGCAGAUAUUCAUUUGAAGCCGCAUAUCAACUUUCACCAGAAACAUGGGGUUUAAGGAUCUUCAUCUCAAGCUCAAGGCAUUUCAACUGAAAAAAUUUCUCACCGGAGGCGUUGGGAAGAAGAAGAGUCAGACUGAGUUUGGCAGGAGGCCUUCAUGGAUGGUGCCAGUAACACAUGGGUAUCAAGUUGUUGAUGAUAGAAGCAAGUCGAACGGUGAGUUAGACUUGGACUCAAACUCAGACUCAGUUGUGGUGCAGAGAGAGCAAAUUGAAGAACUAGAGUUAUGGUUUUUUGGAGUUUUCGAUGAUAGAAUUGGAGACGGAGUUACCAAGUACUUGCAGUCCCAUCUUUUUGAUAUGAAACCUAAAGAGGGUCAGCUAACGAAGAAGAGCAAAGAAACAAUGAGAAAGGCAUAUCUAAGUGCAAGAGCCAAGAUGAGAGAGGCAGAGCAAGUAUCAGAGGAGACAAAGAAGAUAGGUUCAGCAUCAGCACUAGUGAUCCAUGGAGAGAAGCUUGUGAUAGCAAACAUGGGUGAUUACAGAGCUGUUGUUUGCAGAGAUGGUGAGGCUCAUCAAAUCAGUAGAAGGCAACAACAUCAUCAAGGGACCGAAAGACAUUGGUCUAGGAAAUUCAUUCCAGGUGUUUUACGCAUUCCUAAAGUGCGUAUAUUAGCGUGCGACUCUGGCAACACAGCAACCACCAAAUCAUCUAAAAGCUCAGAACUCAUGGUUGGAGAAGAAAGGAUUGACUCUGAUACAGAGCUUGUCAUCUUAGCAAGUACUGGCAUCUGGGAGGUGAUGAAGCAUCAAGAGGCUGUGAAUCUCAUCAGGCACAUGGAAGAUCCACAAGAAGCAGCAGAGUGUUUAGCAAAAGAGGCCUUGGCUAGGAGAACCAAAACCAAUAUAUCCUGUUUGGUCAUUCGGUUUGACUGACUACAAUUUUCAUUUAUGUUUAGGCUUCUCUUACUGACAUCAGUGAUAUGUACUCUUUUGGGUGGUGUUAAGAGUUACCAAAACAGUUUUAAAUGAAUCUUUUACAAUGUCUUGAAUUUUUUUCACUAAAUAUUUCUACGGGUCUUUUUUCUUCCUUAUAA